CAAGUGGGAAAUGUGGAUCCUGGACCGACGGUUGGUACACAGUUGACGCGGCAGCCGGUUCAUCGAUCCACGCUGCUUUGGGAGACGCCAGCCGGUCAGUGCCAAGCGUGUUAAACUGCAGACGCCGAAGUUGCAAGUUACCCGAGCAUGGGCUUGACCCACGGAUUGCUCGGUACAUAAAUGAGGCGGGUUUUGAAGGGUUAUUCAAGGUUCCAAACUUGGAAGUGGAUCAUGCGUUGAUCACAGCACUAGUUGAGCGUUGGCGUCCGGAGACGCACACAUUCCACCUACCGCAUGGAGAGAUGAGCAUCACCUUACAAGAUAUUGAGGUGAUGCUAGGGGUUCCUGUUGAUGGGUUGCCAAUUACUGGGGCUGUGAAGAUGGAGUGGCCUACGUUGUGUCUUGAGUUAUUGGGUCAUCGUCCACCAGACCCGAUACCGCAUCCCCAUGAGAACACCUUUAUCCUUGCUGGGGCGAGGCUCAGAUUCACGUGGCUGGAUGCACUAUUUAGUGGUCCCCUAGCUGCGGAUGCUACUGAUGAGGUAGUGCAGCAACAUGCGCGCUAUCACAUACUCGAUCGGUUGGGGACGAUUUUGUUUAUGGAUAAGUCGGCAGACCGGGUGUCGGUGCUGCCUCUACAGUUCCUAAACCCAAUCAGCAACGCGAAGAGGUACAGUUGGGGUAGUGGGGCAUUAGCCUGGUUGUACAGGCACUUAUGCAAGGCAUCGGAGUCGAAGGCGAAGCAGAUUGGAGGAGCAGUGAUGUUGGUGCAGCUGUGGGCGUAUUCGAGGUUCCCACUGAUAUGCCCUGUUAUGAGGUUGCCACUACCGCCAGUGGAGGCAGGUCCCCUUGCCAAUCGGUAUGUUAUUUGA